AAGAUAGCAGGAGCUCUAGGUAACAGUAUUCUCUUUUCGACGCAUUGUAACCGGGAAAUUCAGCAAUAGCUCCCUAAGACUUACUGUUCUUUGUGACAAAAACUCACAUUAAUUUGAAGCCCAAAGUUCGUCUUGCCUGAUAGUCUCAUAUCAACAAAAUGGCAAAGGAGCGGGCAGCAAAGAAGGAGCGCAAGCGGGACAAGAAGGUAUCCGAUGACAAGGUCACAAAGUCCGGAAAGCAGAAGAGGCGUGCAGAGCCACUUAGCGACACAUCAGAUGAAGACUCUGAUGGGGGUGCGUCGGUGGAUGUCAAAUCUUCAAAAGAGACGUCGGUGGUAGAAUCUCCAGACUCAGAAAUCACAAAACCCAAAGGUGAUAAGAAAACAAAGAAAUCCAAGAAAUCCAAGAAAGAGGCGCAGGUUGAAGCGGAAGCCGAGGAUGAUACCACCGAUGGUGGUGGAGCUAUGCUUUUCUCCGUGGAUACAAACCCUACGCCUGUUGAUCUAGCCACCGUGAAGACAGCGGCACCCCCAAAAGGAUCGAGCAAUGGGGAUAAUGAACAGACAGGGCUUAAGAAAAUAGCAGCCCCAAGUGGAAUGAACCGUCAGGCACGGAGACGAAUCAAGAUGAUAGAGCAACAGAGAGACAUCAUCAAGAAGAAGAAGGGUAUCCCCGAGGGAUCUCGGGAAAGAGAAGACGAGGUACAGAAGGACCUCGACAGGUGGACCGAGACCUUAGACAGGAAAACUGCUGUUCGAUUGGAAAAGAAGAGAGCACGCAAGUCGAAGGAGCAGGCGCGGCUAAGGUCGAGGCGUGGCAAGCUCCUAACAGGACGGAAGCUAAAGGAGCGCGAGAAAGAAAUCAAAAAGGCCGAGAAGAAGGCAUCGAAGAAGACCGGCAUAUCCUAAGUCAAUACAUAAUCAUCAGAACACGCUCGAUUGACUCCUGCCAUAUACAGGCAUUAAUUAUCCUUCGCAUGGCCUCGGGAUCUGUUCGCCGUGUCCUGGUGUUGGGUGCGACUUACGAAAGGGUCUCCUUUGAUUUUCUAGGGCUCCAUGGCUGGCGUUAGGCAAAUUGCUACUGGCUCGAUCGUGGCUAGCAUAAUGUACACCAAGAGAUCAACGGUACUAGCUAGCUUUACGGUAAUAAGGCGGUCUGAUACUUGAUGGUAUUUGAAGAAGCGAGUUUU